AUGGCACCACUUAGCACAGUAGCACUUCUUGAGCUCGAUGCAUCGGGUCUACGACGAAUGCUGGAUGAUGGAAAGCUUACGAGUGUCGCGCUGAUGAAGCAGGUGCUGGCGCAGAUCGAACAGGAAGACAAGGCUGGAGCUAAGUUGCAGACAAUCUUGAAUACUGCAUCCCGCGAACUACUACUCAGGCAAGAUGCCAUCGCGACGCAUCCGGACUUGGGUAUUCCAACUACCGUUGGUAGCUUUGCACUUGUGACCUCAAAGCCUGCCAAAAAUGCCGCAGUCGUCGACGAACUCAUCAAGAAUGGCCUCAUCAUCCUCGCCAAAACCAAUCUAAAUGAAUUCUGCAAUUGGAAAGGAUUCAAUUCCGUCAACGGCUUCUCCGGGGUUGGUGGACAAACCAACUCUGCAUAUGUGGUUGGGGGCUUGCGAGAAGACGAGGCGUCCAUGGGGCACUCGAGUCCACUCGGUUCGUCCACUGGAUCAGCAGUUGGUGUGUCAGCCGGCUUCAGUCCGCUAUCUUUGGGUACUGAAACCGAUGGUUCGCUGGUCCAGCCAGCUGCAAGAGCAGCUUUGUACGCUCUAAAGCCCACAGUGGGAAGCACAGACCACCGGGGUGUUUGGACGUUAUCGAAAAGGUUUGACGCCGUUGGGGCGAUAGCGAAGUCUGUUAGCGAUCUCGCUCUUGCCACCGAGAUGCUCCACACGAUGGAGGUGCGAUCAAGGUUACCCGAGGAUGGCUACCUUUCCUUCCUGUCCAAGAGCUUCACGGGACUAAAAGUGGGUUUUCUAGACGAGUCGCAGUGGCAUUUGCCGCCGCAAAUGUGCCCGCAAAUUCCUAGCGUAGUGCAGCAACUGAAUGGCGCAUACAAGCUUGCUAUUGAGAAGAUUCGGGAUGCCGGAGCUGAGGUACAGUAUCCGGUAGUACUUCACGGGGUGGAGAAGCUACUCAUGGAAAACCAAACAGGCAUGUCCAUCAUCCUGUUCCAUGAGUACAAGAAAAACGUGGAUGACUACCUCGAGGGCCUUGACUUCUCUGAAGUUCGAAGUUUGAAAGAGCUGAUCGAAUGGAACAAGGAGCACGCCGAUAUCGAGAUGCCCUACCAACAUGCAAAUCAGGGUCGGCUGAUUAAGGCAUAUGAGGAAGUACCGAAUGCAACAGCGUAUGAGUCGGCUAUUGCGCACUUGCAUAAGGUAUCGAUCAAGGAAGGCUUCGAUCUGCUAUUCGGUGACAAAGGAUUGGACCUUGUUGGUGUCCCGAUGGACAGUAAAAUCCCUAGCAUGGCCACAGCCUCAGGAUACCCCAUUGCCACAAUGCCUCUCGGUAUAUUGGAUCAUCUCGGCCGCCCUUUCGGUCUUGCGAUCAAGGCGCCAGCGGGACGGGAAGAUGUGAUGUUCAAAUUCAUGAGCGCUUUCGAGGCGGUAUUCCCGAAGAGAGCGAUUCCGCCGCAGCUAGUUAAGGCGGACGAGGCAGAGACGGAGCUCAACGACGCUAAGAUAUGA